AAUAUCAUAAAACUUGCAAGAAAAGAAAAGAAAAAGUUGGAGACUUGGAAAAAAGCUUAGGCAACUGGUUAGUAAAAAUCUGGGUGCUGCUGGUGGUGCUGUUGUACUCAUUGAUGUUGAAUUGAAUUCCUCGUUGUUACCAAUUUCUCUCCUUCUUCUCAUCUACCCUUCUUCUUCCCUCCAACAACAACAACAACAUAGCUUCUUCCUCUUCCCCUUUCUCUGCUGCAACACUCUGUUUUCUUCGUUCCUGAGCUCAACGCUUUUGAUUCAUGGCGAACUCCACCGCUUCAGGUAAAUCCAACGGCCUCGCGAAAGAAGACUGCAAGGAAACAAGUUCACUGGUUGUUUCCUUUGGAGAAAUGUUAAUAGAUUUUGUGCCGACCGUGGCAGGAGUGUCACUGGCUGAUGCACCUGCUUUCAAGAAUGCUCCUGGUGGAGCUCCUGCCAAUGUAGCUGUUGGUAUCUCUAGACUGGGGGGUUCAUCUGCUUUUAUAGGCAAGGUUGGAGCAGAUGAGUUUGGUUACAUGUUGGCUGACAUUUUAAAGAAAAACAAUGUUGAUACAUCUGGCAUGAGGUUUGACUCAAAUGCAAGAACUGCGUUAGCUUUUGUUACUCUUAGAGCUGAUGGCGAGCGUGAGUUUUUGUUUUUCCGGAAUCCAAGUGCUGAUAUGCUUCUUCACGAGUCGGAACUUGAUAAAAAUCUCAUAAAACAGGCUAGCAUUUUCCAUUACGGCUCUAUCAGCUUGAUUGAUGAUCCGUGUAAGUCAGCUCACCUUGCUGCUAUGAGAAUUGCCAAAAGCUCCGGUUGCAUUCUAUCUUAUGAUCCAAAUUUGAGAUUGGCACUAUGGCCAUCAGCAGAGGCUGCUCGAAAAGGCAUAAUGAAUAUUUGGGAUCAAGCCGAUAUCAUAAAGAUAAGUGAGGAUGAGAUUACAUUUUUGACUGGAGGUGAAGACCCUUAUGAUGAUAAUGUUGUUCUGACAAAACUUUUUCAUCCUAAUCUCAAGCUUUUAAUUGUUACUGAAGGUUCAGCGGGUUGUAGAUAUUACACCAAGGAAUUCAGGGGCAGAGUUGCUGGUGUUAAAGUUAAACCUGUGGAUACAACUGGUGCUGGUGAUGCAUUUGUUAGUGGGAUUCUGUACAGUAUAGCUUCCGACCUGAGUAUUUUUCAGGAUGAGAAACGACUUCGAAAGGCUUUAUAUUUUGCUAAUGUAUGUGGUGCCAUCACUGUAACUGAGAGAGGUGCAAUUCCUGCUCUUCCUACAAAGGAAGCAGUCUUGCAAUUCUUGCUAGAAGCAGCUGUAAUACAACAGGACUAACAGUGUUUUUGUUCAGAUUUGUUGUUAAGCUAUAGCUUAGGUGAUACUGAGCUCUUUUUUUGGUUCUUUCAAUUGAAAUCUUUGUUCUUGUAAUUUUCUCAUAUAAAUUCAAGUUGCCUUGCCCUCUCAAGUGUUUGGCUAAUAACAACUAAGCAUACUAAUUGUUGUUGAAGUGCUUCUAGAUUUGGAACUUGUUAUAAGACCAAAGGUAUUCAAUAUUCAUUUAUUGUCGAGUAAUAAGGAUUUUUUCAUGAAGAAAUGUUAAAUUAAUUGUUAUAUUAUUUAACACCA